AUGGAGGACGAGCAAAUGCUUGAUCUGAUACGGCGGGCGAAUCCGAACUGCGGUUAUAUGUAUGUGGUGGACACCAGGCCCAGGAUCAACGCGAUGGUGAACCGCGCCGCCGGCAAGGGCUACGAGAACGAGGCGUUCUACGAGAACAUCAAGUUCCACUUCAUGGGCAUCGGGAACAUCCACGUGAUGAGGAAGAGCCUGCAGAGGCUGGUCGAGACUUGCGAGCAAAACACGCCGUCUAUGUCUUCGUUCCUGAGCGGUUUGGAGUCGUCCGGUUGGUUGAAGCACAUAAAGUCGAUCCUGGACGCGUCGUGGUGGAUCGCGCGCGCGCUGGACGGCGGCGCGAGCGUGUGCGUCCACUGCAGCGACGGCUGGGACAGGACGGCGCAGGUGUGCUCGCUGGCGGCGCUCCUCCUGGACCCCCACUACCGCACCAUCAACGGGUACCAGGCGCUGAUCGAGAAGGACUGGCUGUCUUUCGGGCACAAGUUCGCGGCGCGCUGCGGCCACGUGGCGUGCGACUCCCGCGAGCGCUCGCCCGUCUUCACUCAGCUGCUCGACUGCACCUGGCAGCUGCUGCGGCAGAUCCCGCAGGCGUUCCAGUUCAACGAGAGGUUUCUCCUCACCCUUCACGACCACGCCCACGCGUGCCAAUACGGCACCUUCAUUGGCAACUGCCAGAAGGACAGGAGGGAUCUAAGGCUGUCGGAGCGCACGUUCUCGCUGUGGGGCUACAUGGCGAGCCACCUCAACGAAUACAAGAACCCCCUGUACAACCCCAAGGCCUACCCGGACGCCCUCAAGCCGGACCUCAGCGCGCAGAGCAUACGGUUCUGGCGCGGCAUGUACUGCCGGCACGAGAGCGGCGUGCACCCGCGGGAGCCCCUCGGCGACCUGCUGCCCGCCGCGGUCGAGCACGCCUCCGCGCUCGAACACCACAUCAACUACCUCGCCAAGCGGAUAUCCACGUUCAAGAAUCUCCUAUCAGGCAAGAAGGCGGACAAGGGCAGAGGGGCCGUUGUGAACUACCAGAACGGGAACGUUGACGCAGUAGAGAUCGAAACGAAGACCGAGUCGUUGCAGAUUGACAAUAAGUUGCUGUACGAGUCCAGUGGCGGUCUCUCUGAGCUGGAGUGCGCCAACCACGACCACCCCCUCAAGGAGGCCCACCCCAACGCCACACCACUCAAGAUACCGCUUAUAACCGAGAGGGCGGAGGAUUCGGUCCCGGGCAGCCUGGCUGAGUUGGAGAGCGAGGUGAACUCCGUCGCCCUGGACUGGAAGAGCAUCAAGAACGUGACCGAGUGCAGCUGUUCGACGCCGCUGGACCACUACAGCAGGAAGCACCACUGCUGGGGCUGCGGCCGGUGCGUGUGCACGCGCUGCGUGUGCCGGCGCGCGCCCCUCCCCGCGCUCGCCGCCCCCCGCGCGGCGCCCCUCUGCGCCGCCUGCGCCCCCUCCGCGCCCCCCUCGCCCGCCACGCCACCCGCGCCCGUGCCCGAUUUGUUGACACCAGCCACC